GUUGAUGGUGGAUCAUGUCAACAUUUGUGAGAGAUCCGUGUGGAAUUGUUUGUAUUUUGUUGACAUAUGUGGCCAUACUUUACGCCGAUUACGUAGUAAUAAGAUGGAUUAUUUUGCAGACAAUGCAGAACAGUUUAUGGGGACCAUUCCAUGUAGUUCUCUUCAAUACCAUAGUUUUUCUCCUAGCGAUGGCACAUUUGAAAGCGGUGUGUUCUGAUCCAGGAGUUGUACCUCUGCCUCAGAACAGAGUUGACUUCUCAGACAUUCACUCAGGUUCUUCUGGGGCUUUCCAGCGGGGGGACUGGACAGUAUGUUCACGGUGUGAAACAUACCGACCGCCGAGAGCACACCACUGUCGUAUCUGUAAGCGCUGCAUCCGUAGGAUGGACCAUCAUUGUCCUUGGAUCAACAACUGUGUGGGUGAACAAAACCAGAAGUAUUUCAUCCAGUUCCUUGUUUAUGUUGGUGCCCUGGCAACUUAUGCCAUUAUACUAGUGGUGGUUUCGUGGGUUGUUGAGUGCCCUGAAUGCAGCAGUGAGAUUUCUAUCAAGCAGAGUCGCAUUCUGCACUGUGUGAUCCUGGUGUUGGAGAGCGCAUUGUUCGGCAUGUUUGUUUCUGCAAUCCUCGUGGAUCAGUUCCAGGCGAUAUUUAGUGAUGAAACAGCUGUUGAGCAAGUUCAGCAUCAGGGGCCAUUUCGACCGCAGAGACCGAAGCUGGCCCUCCUGACAGAAGUGUGUGGUCGUGGACACCCAGUAUUAUGGCUCCUUCCUUGUGCUGGUGCGUCUCACCACCGGGAGGAACCACUUCUCAACCAUGACGUGUGAGAGAUGAGGCUGAGUAUGUGUGUUGCUUCUGACCUGUUAUAAUCAUACAGGAAGUUUACAUAGAGGGAAGAGACAUUACAGAGCUUUAUGUUUCUGUUCAUGUAGGACCAGUUUCACCAUUCCCCUGUAGGCCAUCACCUGUGUUACUUGAAUUUCUUUACACCAGUGUCAGCUUAGUACUAUAUCUGGACCUGUGAUAGUGUUUUUAAUAUUACCCCCUGCCAUUCAAGUGAGAAUAUGGUACUUGAAUAAGAUUUUAAUGGUCAUGCAAUGAUGAAAUAAAAUUUUUCGAUUUAUUUUGCUGUAGAAUAUUCCAUUAAGAAGGUCCAAGAAAAUCAGGAGGGACAGGAAUUUGAAUGGAACACAUUAGCUUCUGUCUGUGCUAAUUAUAUUAAUGUAUCAGGCAAGAACACAAACACAAUCAAGAGAGACACAAAGACAGUAAACAGGUUGGUGUAGAAAUACAUGCAGAAGAAGCUAAGUAUUUCGCAUGUUAUCAUAUUUCAGGACAGAUGAAACUAAGAAGCUAGAUAGUGAAUCCUUAGAGAAAAGUGGCCAAGUUCAAAUAUUUUUUAAUGAUAAUAGCAGAUCAAAAUUAGGAGCAGAUUCAGUCAGUGCAGAAUCUGUAAUGUUCUCAUCUCCUUUCUAAAGACAUAAGAUGGAAACAUACAACAUUAUACUGUUAAGUUUGCAUUUGUUUGCUUCUUUUCUGGGUUCUGACAUCAUGUAGUAACAGGAAAGGUUCCAGUGUUUCAGGGUAUAAAUGACAGGGAUGGGUGAGAGAUUGGUUAAGGGUAUGGUUUGAUAGUUGGGUACCAGCCUGCUCUCUGCACGUCUGUCAGGUUCCUAUGACACCCUGGUACCCAUCUAUGAAACUAGAUGGCAUGACAUUGAAGACAACUUUAAUAUUAUUAUUGACCACCAGGAGGACCUUAAAUGCAAAGGGAUUUGUUUUAUAGGCAUUGAAGGGCAGGAUUGACCCUGCCCAGAGAACAGGAUUCCUGCUUUUAGGGGCUAGAGAAGCAAGGAAUGUGACAGAAGGGAAACUGAACAGUAGACCUUCUGAUGGCCCCACUCAAAAAAGCUUAUGUCUUAGUGAUGUGAGUGUACCUUCCUUUGUAUAUUCCGUUCUAAGCACAAUAGACCACUGUAGAUCAUGGUGCAAGGGCCGAGGAGGCCUACCCCUCAUACAUUCAUUGUACAUUCCGUGUGUAAGUGAUGCGUGCAAGAGUGACUGAGGGAGAAGCCUUCUUCUCUCUUAUAACUGCUCUCUUUUCUUUAAGCAUGCCAAUGGCAUUAUCUUCUUCUCCCCCCCCCACCACUCCUCCUCUUCUUCCUCCUGGCAUAAAUGUAUCUCAGGGUUUCUUCUCAGGAGUAGAGGUAGGUAAGUAGGUAGGUAGGUAUGUACAGAUCCAGGUUUGGUGAUUAAUUUGAAUGGUCUGCAGUAUUAUAUUUAAGCAUCCUGUUGCACUCUAUACGAUAUAUGAUAUAAACUCCGUCUUAAGUGCAACAAUUUAUUAUAGGUCUUUCGUCUUGCUUCUUCUGCACCACAUGUUUUGGCCGCAAACGGCCAGCAUCAGGUGUAUGCACUCACGUAGCUGUUACACUGCACUUAGUUUAAAAUUUAAAAACACAGGUCUUCCCAAAUGUUCCCUUCGUCAUUGCUAACAGGAUCUACUUCGCUGAUAUCUGUCUGAUUUGUACAUUAUCUUUGUCACCUAUACACAUUAAUUUGGCUUUCAUGAACUGGCCCUUUUAAAAUCUUCAGUUCCAAUUUU